AUGGCGUCCAGUACGUCGAAGACGACGACGGAGCAACGAGUACGUCUGUUGGUCGAUCGGUUGAUUCAGCACGUCGUCGGCGUCUCCAGACCCGUCGAUGACGCGAUUGUGAGCUGUGGAGAAGAUGAUGACGUUCAUACACGUCGUUCGAGCGUCUCGGAUGACGAUUCGGUCGCUGGAAUGAGCGACAGGGAGCGGAAGCUGAUGAACGAUGAGAACUUUAAACUGUGCGAGGCGUACUGCGACUAUCACCUCCGCGUGCACACAUUUAGGGACGUCGAGCGCGCGGACGUGGAGACUCGUGUGCGAGAGUUGAGCGAAAGAAUGGAGGCGACGAAUAGAACGGCACAUGGGCGAGCGAUCGAGCGGCGAGCGAUGGAUUUGAUUGGGCGUUGGGACAUUGCAGAGACAGAGGAGGCCUCGGACAUCGGCGCACGGGUGGUGACGAUGUUGUUGGGAUUAGCUGGGAGACCGCUCGCGGCGAACGUCGAGGUGAGCGAUGAUGAGGUUGGUUCGGAUGAGGAACUCGGCGAACGGAUCGCCGGGGCGUUCGGUGGGAUGACUUUUGCGGAGGACGAAGUUGUCACCUCGUUUGACGAAGUGGGUGAUGAGAACGGAUUUGCGAGUGAUUCCACGCUUUCGGUGUGGUCGGAAUCGGACGAGGAUGAUAUCGUGGAUGUUAAAGAUCACAGGCGUGGCGAUGAGAUGACGACGAGUGAAAUGCCCGCGAGUGAGUCCAUGAGCGAAGGUGAGGAUCCGGGAUUUUCAUGGGAAGAUAAUUUGUUAGUGCAGGACUCUGCGCGAGAAUCGGCAACGUGCGCGAUCGUUCCGAGAGCCGAGCGUGCCCCUGAGGUCGUAUCUGAAAUAGUUCUUCAGGCUAGACGGCUCCAAAACGUGUUGGGCGAAUCUCACGCCCGAAAAAGCGACGCGUCACUACUCGUAACGACGCCGGCGAAAUCUGCGCCGAGCGAAACAGCCCUAGUCAGAGGAGCUCUGCACGCGCUUAGGGCUGGUGGAGAGGACUUAGAACGCGUAUCAUUACCACACGUGUCAUGUGUGACGUUAGACGGUGCUUUGGCGUCGAUACGCCGCGUGGUGGCGGUCCUGGUGCGCGUGCGAGAGAUCAAUCAAGCGUCAUUGAAAUUCGGACCGACGAUUCAAGCCUUCGCACAUGCACUCGAUGCGCGAGGUCGGGCCCUCGUGAGUGAGCUCGCACCGCUAGAGAAUCGUUUGAGUAGUGAUUCCACGACAGCACCGCCGACUCUGUUAGAACUUCGAGCGUCGGUGCGCAAGCUAGAAACUAAGGUGGACGCUUUAGAGCACGUCGCACUCAAUGCGUUUCCGAUGGAAGGUACCCCAGCCGCUGAAGCGGCGAGUCAUUGCUUAUCUGCCGUGUACGAAGCAGUGUCGUAUCACCAAGCGACGGCAAAUAUCGACGGUUUCGCCGUCACUCUACGAGUUUUCGUGGACACCUUACAACCAUACAUGGAGACCUUGCACCGCUGGCUUGCCUUUGGAGUGUUGGACGAUCCCUCGGAAGAGCUCUUUAUCGCCAAGGGACGAGCGGUCGACGACUUCGUUGGAAGCAAAGAGCACUGGUUGCACGGUUACGUCCUUCGGCACGAUAUCGAAACGCCGUGCUUUCUUCGAGAAUUCGCUGUACAGACCUUGGAUAUCGGCCGUUCGAUCGUGCUCUUGCACCACACGGAAUCCCGAACUGGAAAAGUGCCGAAACUGGAGGUUCACCUAUGUGAAUCGUUUUGUGAGCAAGUUCGUGUCGCUCUCGGCGCUACUCGUGAUGUGGUGGACGACGUCAUGAGCAUCGAAGACUCGAGCAAACGGGCGAGUGAUCUCAUCAGCACCGCGAAAGUUGAAUCCACUGGGCUGAUUGGCGUUUUUCAAAACUAUACUUCACUCGUUGGCGUGCGGAGUAUCAGCACUGAACAAGUUCGCGAUACCAUUGUAUCACAGCCAACGCGCAUUGUUGCUUCUCGAAAUCUCCAAACGAAGACGCCGCUCCAGGCGUGCGUGGAUGAACUCAAUUCUUGGCUCGAUAAAUUUUUGACGAAGCGAAUGCCUGCGUGUCCAAUGCACUUGCUGGUACAAGGCGCCAUUGGUUCAUUCAUCACGAGACGAGCCGAUGAGAUCAUGCUUGUCUUGUCGAAGGCUUUGAGGGAUGAGCUUAACAUUGAGAAAGAGCUUUACGCGCUGAGGGCUGUCUUUCUCGGUGGAGCAGGUGACGCCGCGACGCACUUCUAUUCGGCAGUCUUCAAUAUACUCGAUGAUCCAGUUAAGAUUAAAGCGAAAUGGAACGAUGCGACGCUCAAUGAAUUGCUAGUCGAUGCAUUUUCGAUGGAUAACUCGGGCGAGUUCCCAAAGGAUCGAGGCGUCCAGGUUGAGAUUGUCCCAGAGGCGGAGCGAAACUUGUUCUCGCGCGUGGUGCUGGGCACAGGGGCGCUCGAAAAGAUUGCCUCCAUGCGAUUCAGUUUCGACGUCAAGUGGCCGCACAACAUCGUCGUUCCUCCGAGUGCGAUGGCUCAGUACAACGCGGUCGCCGUGUUUCUCGGGCAGCUUCGGCGCGCUCACAUCGCGAUGCAGACGGUGUCGACAGCGAGAUGGUCAGAGCGCAUUCGUUGCUCUCCCGGAAGUGGUCUGGGCGGUGCUCGCGCGCGCCAUCUCGAGCCUAGGCUGAGGCGAUUCGUCGCUUCACUUCGAGAACACGUUCUUGUGAAUAUUCUUCACACGGAUUGGAACCGUUUGAUACUAGAUAUAGACGCGGCUUCGUCUCUCGACGCCAUGCGAGCGGCGCACGAUGCGUUUCUCAACGACGCCACAAAGAGAUGCCUCGUGUCUCCAGAUCAGACCUGGACUCUUUUAUCGGAACAAAUUCGCACGACGCUAGCUGUGGCAUGCGAGUACGCGGCGUGUCAAGGUGGAGAUGGAGCGGUUUCGGAGGAGGACGCGACGAGACUAUCAACCGCGUUCGAGGAGGCGUACGCCUACAUCGAACGCGUACUUCAGGCAAAACUAGAUGUUGGUUCCGCGUCGACGCAAGAUGCGGAAGACUUGCUGUACGCGAUUAGACUGGAUUAA